UUUACAGGCUUUUAUAAACUAAAUAUGUCUCUGCUUACAAAGGUGAAAAUCUCCACUACAACAGAAAAUGUGCAAAUCAUCAAAAAACUCAAGUCAUGACGUUCUCAUAUACCAUCAGUGAUAAGUGUUCACAUCAGAUCAUUUGAAUUUAUACUAAACUAACUACAAUUUGUAAAUUUACCUUAAAAAUGACUUUUUGUUAGUCACAGCUUCAUGCUAUAAAACUUGAGCGAGCAGGGAAAAUGAUGCACAUGGACAGCCUAACAAAGAAAUAUCCCAUAUGAACAUUUUACUUCAUCUCUGAUGGCAGAUGGGUCAAACAAACACGAGGAAGAAGAAAAAAAAAAAAGCUAACCAUCCCUUCUGUCCCAUGAGUCAUGCCUUACAGGGUGCUACAGAAGCUAUGACAGCAUUUCACCCCAAUAAAAGCUGAACUCAAAGCAUGGAUUUGGUUCUACUGAUCUCGAUCCAGGUCAAAGGGUCGUGUUUAUGGAGCACAAGAGGCUGACUUCUCCCUACUCCGCACUGUGAUUGGUGCCUGCUGAGAGGCCUCAUCCCCAGAGGCCUCAGCAAACCAUGUUCCUGUGUGUGAGUGUGAAUGAGUCACGUCUGGGCUGGAGCGUGUCUGAGUGGCGAGGCGGAGUAUUCAGCAGGGAGGACUGCGCAGGGUGAAGAGCUGUCUCUAUAAUCCAGGGUAAACACUGAGCAGCAUGACUGCACGCCUUAGACGUGACCAAAGCCGGCAGAACAGAAAUGGAUGAAACGAUGAGGCUGCUGCUUGCCUGCCUGGCUCCGUUUGCCACCAGCACUUCCUAUUUUCUCUUCUUGUUUUUCUCCCCUGUUUUGUAAUUCUUCAGAGGGUUUGACCAGAGACUCUCAACACUGAAUUAACAUCUGGGUGGCACAGCUGUUGUUUAAGGUCAUACCAGACUCAAACCUGACUUUGCAAAACCAUUUGGUCUGCUAUUUGCAGUCAGACCUCAAGAGCGCUGUCUUAUUUAUUAUUUCUAGUUGAAUAGGACGACGCUUGAGGCUCUGAUGAGAUUACAAGCAAUUUCCAACAAAGGUCUCCACCUGGAAGUCUGUAGUUUGAUUUGAACAAAAGAAAUUCAAAGUAAUGGGAUUUUGUUGGACUCCACAAAAUAGAGACAACCCCAGUUUAUUUGGUAAACUAGGAAGGUAAACACAAAAUCACUUUUCUGCUCCUUUUUGUGGCAGCUCAACAACAGACACAAAGGACUGAAUCAGAUUUUUCUGUUCUAACCCGCCCACUUUCAAACAGCCUUGUGCUGCAUUAUGUCCCAUUCCAAGAACUCCUUUCACACCAAAACAACCUACAUCAAAAAAGUAGAAGAAAGCCCUUGAAAAAGGUUUGUAUUGCAGCAAGUAAAGCUUUCUGGUGACCACUGGUUUAGACGAUUUGGUUUACUGAGAACAAAUGCAUGAAAGCUGUAAAGAGUUUAUUUUCAUGAUACUUUACUCAUAGGUCAUCAAAAUACAGAAAUGACUCUGCUUCCGCUGAAAUGUUUCAAAAUGCCUGAAUACCCUUUUCAUCGUGUUUCUACAUAAAAAAAGUGACAAAUGAUAGAAAAUCGUGGUGACAUCAAUACAGAAACUGAUUCAGGGACCCAUCAGCUUGCAAAGCAGAUGAUUUGAGGGACUUUCAGAAGGAAUUUGUUGAACACAAUUUUGCCCAAAAUAAAGAAGCUGAAAAUAUUAGUGCCAACAUGUUCUGCCAAGUCUCUGCUCUCUGAGAACUAAUAAAAGCAAACAGUUUUUGUAUUCAGUCAGGCAAAAAAUGGUCAAGAAAAGAAAGGAAGCUUCUGUCAUCUAAUAUUUAAAGCAGCAUUUAAAGAUAGAGAUAAGCAGAGUGUGACUAAGAUUGAUCCGUAUAGAUCUCUGUAAAUGUCAUGCGUUAUAAAUACAGAAAAGCAAACAGAACUUUUAAGAAAGACUUAAACACAGCGAAACAGUGUGUCACAGAUAUUAGUCUUCGAUGGCCAAUUACUGUUAGAAUUGCUCACACAGAGUCUGCCAAAUUGAGCAGAGUUGGUCGAGACACUUCAGUGACUUCUCCUCUGGAGUGAACGUGGAGGGACAGAUGGACAGGAGAUGCUGGAGUGGAGCUGGAGUCAGCCCAGCCAGCUCAGUGUCAGUCCAUCCGCUCCAUCCUUGGCUCUCGCUCAACUCAGCCGGACGUCCUGUUAGUCAGCCAAUGGAGAGCACCCACCGCAUCAUGACCCCCGCAUUAGGAUCUGACAUGGCUGUCUUCAUUUAACCUUUACUUAUACCAGGAAGUCUCACUGAGAAAACACCCUGUUUACUUUAGCUCCGGCCAAGAAAGACAGUUGCCUUUGAGCUAAAGCCUUCUAGCGUUUGGCAAGAUAUCUUUAGAGGAAAUUUAGAGGCAUUUUUUCUGGUGGGGGUUGAAUGAUUUUUAAAAAAAGAAAUUAUUAGAAGAGUGUGAAGGGGCUGCUGGCAUAGUAAUGGAGAGGACAAAGGGGAAGAUAGAAAGGGGGUUUUAUAGCCAUUGGAAGCCAGAUUGGAGAAGCUUCUGGUGAGACAUAGAAAGGAUUUAGGGUGAUGUAGGUGUCUUAAUUCAUGGUCCGUCCUCCUAUGCAGGCAGUUUUAUUACCCCAUUAAUGGACUUCGAUGAAGCAACUGUGUAUGUGAAGCCACUUUAUCUACAAUGCUUUCUACAAUGCCACUAAAAUGUGUCUUUAUUUUGAGAUUUAAAAAAAUUUUUUUGUUCCAAAUUAGCUUAUUUUGCCUCAUCUGCAGCAGAAACACCUUGCAUUAGACAAAAACAUGCAUCACAUGAUAGUUAUGACAAGAAAACAGUCAACACAUCAACCAUUCUUUGCCAUGUGUCUAACUCAUCCAUCCUUCAGUCCAUCAUGUGUUUGAGGGACGUUGUUUGUCCCCUGGAAAUAUCUACAUAAAAUAUGCUAAUGAAAUUAAACAGGGAAGUGUGAGGGUUGAUGCUGCCUGGCUCUGAAUCUCUAAUGACUCUCUGCCAUCCCUGGAAAAAGCCUGAUUAAUUUGGGAAUGUCGGCCGCAGUGGAGAGUGAUUAAUUCCUCCUGGAUUCAACCAUUUAAACGAACAAGACGGAGGGGAGAAAGGAAAACAGGGAGCCCAAAAUAUGGACGCAUAAUUAAUACAUUUAGAUCAUUUAAUUAGCCACCCAAACAGAGGGAAGGCACAGUUACAUUGUGUCACUGCUUUGUUCAAGUAAUAAGCCAUAGUUAGUUCUCUUUUACAAAGAGGCGAAUAUAAUGAGCCCCCCUGUUAAUAGUGGGAACAUUGGACCAUCUCUGGUAAAUAUGGGGAGACAGUUUGAACAAAUGAUUACUUGUUUCUUUGAUGUUUCAUGUGUCUGACUAAGCAGAGAUAGAGAGGAAAACAAGCACAUAUACUGUAUUUCUAGGUUUUUAGUUGAAGUAUCUAAUGGUACCCUGAAAUUGUUUUUUCACCCUCAAAAGAAUCAAGAAUCUUUUGAGUCUUAAAACAAAUGUCUCUCUCUUCUCUUUCAGAAUGAUGUGAAGGACGAGACCACACUUCAGCUCAUCUUCUCCAGUGCAAUCCUGCUCCUGGCUAACAUACAAUCUCAGGUGUUUUGUCUGAGCUCGGUAUCUUUCUGAGCCCUGUGGGGAUGGGAACGUGCUUGGAUAAAGGAUGGACUUACUGCAGCCUCACUAAAGGUCACGGUCCUCUAAAGGUCAUGUCAUGGCCCGUGGCGCUUUGGCUAUUGACUCUAAUCUCUGUGAAUCAAAAGACGACUGUCGGACAGACUCUGAACAACUUCCAAUCAGAGAGGAAGGAGUGGUCGCUGAACCACCUGACUGUGCAUCAGUCCACUGGGGCUCUGUACGUCGGAGCUGUCAACCGAAUAUACAAGUUGUCGGCUAACCUCACCCUCCUGGUGUCCCAUGAUACAGGGCCAGAAUAUGACAACAAAGCGUGUUACCCACCACUCAUUGUCCAGCCCUGCUCUGAGCCUCUAGCCUCCACUGACAACGUAAAUAAACUGUUGCUCAUCGACUACUCUCACAACCGGCUGCUGGCCUGCGGCAGCCUCUACCAGGGUGUCUGCAAGCUGAUGAGGCUCGACGACUUGUUCAUUCUUGUGGAGCCCACACAUAAGAAAGAACACUACCUGUCGAGUGACAACCAGACAGGGACGAUGUACGGGGUUGUUGUGCACUCGCAGGGUCAAGAUGCCACUCUGUACAUUGGCACAGCUGUCGGAGGGAAACAAGACUACUUCCCAACUAUCUCUAGUCGCAAGCUGCCUCGUGACCCAGAAUCCUCUGCCAUGCUGGACUAUGAGCUUCACACUGACUUCGUUUCAUCACUCAUUAAAAUCCCCUCGGACACACUGGCUCUUGUUCCACACUUUGACAUCUACUACAUCUACGGCUUCGCUAGUGGCAGCUUCGUCUACUUCAUGACCGUCCAGCCGGAGACACCAGAGAAUGGGAUGCCCGCUGGUGGCUCCCCUGGCGACCUGUUUUACACCUCGCGCAUCAUUCGCCUCUGCAAAGGUGACAAGAAGUUUCACUCCUACGUGUCACUUCCUGUGGGGUGCGUUCACAGAGGCGAGGAGUACCGUCUGCUGCAGGCAGCUUACCUGUCCAAGGCUGGCAAAGUUCUGGCAAAGUCGCUGAACAUCAGCGCCCAGGAGGACGUGCUCUUUGCUGUGUUCUCCAAGGGACAGAAGCAGUACCAUGACCCUCCAGAUCACUCCGCUCUCUGCAUCUUCACCAUUCAAGACAUCAACACGCGCAUCAAGGAGCGGCUGCAGUCGUGCUACCAGGGAGAGGGAAACCUGGAGCUGCACUGGCUGCUGGGAAAGGACGUGCAGUGCACCAAGGCGCCUGUUCCCAUCGAUGAUCACUUCUGCGGCCUGGAUAUAAACCAGCCUCUGGGGGGUUCCCAGCUGGUGUCGGGUCGGACGGUGUUCACCGAGAGCAGGGACAGACUGACCUCCAUCACCUCCUAUGUCUACAACGGACACAGCGUGGUCUUCCUGGGCACCAGGAAUGGACGGCUGAAGAAGAUCAGGGUGGACGGUCUUCUGGAGGGAGGAGUGCUGUACGAGACAGUGACUGUGAUGAAGGAUAGCAGCCCCAUCCUCCGGGACAUGGCCUUCUCCCUGGACAGGAACUAUCUCUAUGUCAUGUCUGACAAUCAGGUGGCCCAGGUCCCCGUGGAGGCCUGCGAGCAGUACGGCACAUGUGCAGAAUGUCUGAGCUCUGGUGACCCCCACUGUGGCUGGUGUGUCCUGUAUAACAUGUGCUCGAGGAGGGAUCGGUGUCAGAGGGCGGAUGAGAUCUUCCGUUUUGCUACUGACAUUGACCGCUGUGUGAAGGUUAUCGCUCACCCGGACAGCAUCGCCGUAUCAGCACAUAGUGUCCCCCUGCUGCUAGAGGUGAAUAAUGUUCCAGACCUUUCUGCCGGGAUCACCUGUUCAUUUGGCCAGCAGGCCGAAGUGGAGGGUCACGUCAACGGGAACAGGGUUAUGUGUCUGUCCCCCGCUGGGAAGGAGGUCCCUCAGAUACCAGAGGGACAAGAUUGGGCUGGCGUAGAGCUUCGUCUGAACUCAAAGGAGACAGGUCAAAUAGUCGCCAGCACAGAGGUGAAGUUCUACAACUGCAGCACACAUCAAACGUGCCUGUCCUGUGUAAACAGUACUUUUCGCUGCCACUGGUGUAAAUAUCGCAACCUGUGUACCCACGACCCAAGCAGCUGUUCUUUCCAAGAGGGACGAGUCAACGCCUCAGAGGACUGCCCUCAGCUCCUUCACUCUGGUGAAAUUCUUAUUCCGGCCGGCGAGGUCCGACCCAUCACCCUGAGGGCCCGAAACCUUCCUCAGCCACAGUCGGGACAGCGGGGCUACGAGUGCGUAGUGCACGUGCAGGGUGUCAGCCACCGUGUCACGGCGCUGCGCUUCAACAGCACCAGCGUGCAGUGCCAGAACAGCUCGUACAUGUACGAGGGUGUGAAGAUCAGUGACCUGGCAGUGGACCUCUCCAUCGUAUGGAACGGCAAUUUCAUCAUCGACAAUCCCGAGAAGAUUAAAGUGCACCUCUACAAAUGCAGUGCCCAGCGGGACAGCUGUGGCAUGUGUCUGCGUGCAGAGAGGAAGUUCCAGUGUGGCUGGUGUAGCGGCGAAGGCCGAUGCACCAUGAAGCAGCACUGUCCUCCCAUCUCCCCCUACGCCAGCCGCUGGCUGGACCUCUCUGCCAGGAAUGUCAAGUGUACCAACCCACGCAUUACUGAGGUGAGCCCAGUUGCUGGACCUCUGGAAGGGGGCACACUGAUCACCAUCCAGGGCCUGAACUUGGGUCUGUCCUUCUCUGAGCUGGAGGGCAACGUGAAGGUGGCGGGAGUGCAGUGCACCCCACAGGAGGAGGGAUACAUCACUGCAGAACAGAUUGUAUGCGAGAUGGCUGCUGCUCCCACAGGAAGUGCACCAGGUCCAGUUAAGCUGUGUGUUGGCGAAUGCAGACCAGAACUACGUGCUCAGUCCUCCCAGCUCUACUCUUUUGUGACCCCUUCGAUGCUGGCACUGACCCCAGGCAGAGGACCUGAGUCUGGGGGCACCAAGGUCACCAUUGUCGGAGAGAACCUGGGCGCUGGCAGCACUGUUAAUGUGUACUUUGGUAAUCAGACCUGUGAGCUAUACAGGAGGACCAUGUCAGAGAUUGUAUGCUUCUCUGCACCGUCGGUGACUGGAGCAGGACCAGUGCAAGUUAGUCUGAGUGUUGACCGGGCCAAGCUUCCUGGGAGUCUGGCCUUUGAGUACAUAGAAGACCCCACGGUCCAGCGCAUUGAACCCCUUUGGAGCAUCACCAGUGGACACACCACCCUGACAGUGACUGGAACCAACCUGGAUGUAGUUCAGGAGCCGCGGGUCAGAGUAAAAUAUGCCGGCCACGAAUCUGUCAAUGUGUGCAAAGUGCUGAACACAACCACCAUCAGCUGCUUUGCUCCCUCUCUGAAGGCAGAGUACACAGCAGACCAGGAGACGAUCAAACACGUGGACGAAUUCGGCUUCGUCUUCAACAACGUCCAAGCUCUGCUCACUUACAACAACACAAGCUUUGUCUACUACCCCAACCCUUACCUGGAGCCUCUCAGCCUAUCCGGCGUUCUGGAGCAGAAACCUGGUGCUCCAAUCAUACUCAAAGGACGUAACCUGGUGCCAUCUGCAUCUGGUGGAGCCAGGCUGAAUUACACAGUGUUGAUUGGAGAUACGCCCUGUUCGCUCACUGUGUCUGACACACAGUUACUCUGUGAACCACCAAACCUCACUGGGCAGCACAAAGUCCUGGUCCAAGUAGGAGGACUUCACAUCUCUCCAGGAGAAGUUCACAUCCGGUCUGACAGCUUGCUCACCCUUCCUGCCAUCUUCAGCAUCACAGCUGGAGGAGGGCUGCUCCUCAUCAUUGUCAUCAUAGUCCUACUUGCCUACAGACGAAAGUCACAUGAGAACGACCUCACUCUGAAGCGCCUGCAGAUGCAGAUGGACAAUCUGGAGUCUCGGGUGGCUCUGGAGUGCAAGGAAGCCUUUGCAGAACUGCAAACAGACAUCAACGAGUUAACAAGUGAUCUGGACAGAGCUGGCAUCCCCUACCUGGACUAUCGUACCUACUCCAUGAGGGUUCUCUUCCCUGGCAUCGAUGAUCACCCUGUGCUCCGAGAGCUGGAGGUGCCGGGGAGCGGACAGGCGAACGUGGAGAAAGCCUUGAAGCAGUUUGCUCAGCUGGUGAAUAACAAGGUUUUUCUGCUGACAUUCAUCCGUACACUGGAGCUGCAGCGCUCCUUCUCCAUGCGUGACCGUGGCUACGUUGCCUCGCUUAUCAUGACUGCACUGCAGGGACGGCUGGAGUACGCUACAGAUAUCCUCAAACACCUGCUGUCAGACCUUAUAGAACGCAACCUGGAGAGCAAGAACCACCCCAAACUACUCCUGCGCAGAACAGAGUCGGUGGCAGAGAAGAUGCUGACAAAUUGGUUUGCCUUCUUGCUCCACAAAUUUCUCAAGGAGUGUGCUGGCGAGCCUCUCUUCAUGCUUUUCUGUGCCAUCAAACAACAAAUGGAGAAGGGACCCAUAGACUCCAUCACUGGAGAGGCACGCUAUUCCCUCAGUGAGGACAAGCUCAUCCGACAGCAGAUUGAAUACAAGACACUGACGCUGAGCUGUGUGAACCCUGACAAUGAGAACAGCCCAGAAAUCCCCGUCAAGGUGCUCAACUGUGACACCAUUACCCAGGUAAAGGAGAAGAUCCUGGAUGCGGUGUACAAGAAUAUGCCCUACUCACAGCGACCACGAGCUGCAGACAUGGACCUAGAGUGGCGGCAGGGCAGAACAGCUCGUGUGGUCCUCCAGGAUGAGGACAUCACCACCAAGAUAGAGAGCGACUGGAAGAGACUUAACACACUCAUGCACUACCAGGUGUCUGAGCGCUGUGUGGUGGCCUUGGUGCCAAAACAGAUGUCCUCUUUCAACAUUCCUUCCUCGGCCAGCUUCCCACGCAGUAUCAGCAGAUACGGUGUGGAUGUACCCUUCCGCUCCACCCCAACCAGCCCGGAUAGUCCCCACUCCCGUGUGCCCAUGCUGACCCCUGACCUGGAGAGUGGGGUUAAAGUUUGGCACUUAGUCAAGAACCACGACCACGGGGACCAGAAAGAGGGAGACCGUGGCAGCAAGAUGGUGUCUGAGAUCUAUCUGACAAGGCUACUGGCAACAAAGGGCACACUGCAGAAGUUUGUGGAUGACCUUUUUGAGACUCUGUUCAGCACCGUGUGUCGGGGCACCGCCCUGCCUCUAGCAAUCAAAUACAUGUUUGAUUUCCUGGACGAGCAGGCCGACAGACACGGCAUCCAUGACAUGGAUGUUCGCCAUACCUGGAAGAGCAACUGCCUGCCCCUGCGCUUCUGGGUGAAUGUGAUCAAGAAUCCCCAGUUUGUCUUUGACAUCCAUAAGAGCAGCAUCACGGACGCCUGUCUGUCAGUGGUGGCCCAAACCUUUAUGGACUCUUGCUCAACGUCUGAGCACCGUCUCGGCAAAGACUCACCCUCCACCAAACUACUCUACGCCAAGGACAUACCACAUUACAAAAGCUGGGUAGAGAGGUACUAUGCUGACAUCAACCGCCUGCCUGCCAUCAGUGAUCAGGAUAUGAAUGCCUAUCUGGCUGAACAGGCUCGCCUUCACUCCAGUGAGUUCAACGUGCUCAGUGCCCUCCACGAGAUCUACGCUUACGUCAGCAAGUACAGCCAAGAGAUCACAGAGGCACUGGAACAGGAUGAACAGGCCCAGAAGCAGAAGUUGGCAUAUAAAGUGGAGCAGAUCAUCUCAGCCAUGUCUACAGAGAGCUGAGACACACACACACACACAGAGACACACACAGACAUACACACACACACUCACUCACUCACAUACUAUAUGCACACACUGUACAUGCAAACACACACACAUGGAAACAUAUACUGUUACAGAGGAGUUAAAAGCCCAUAGUCAAGGCAAAUGACACUCACAUGUGUACAUCAUGUGCAUGUGUGCACAUUUACAUUCACACGUAAAACACACAUAUUCACAACCUUUAUGGACCUACUGUA